AAACGUUUCUAUAGACAGCGUGCACAUUCAAACCCAUUCUCAGACCAUCAACUUGAAUAGUGAGUAUAAUUAAGAACUCUUCUCACUUCAUAUUUCUAACCCAUAUCGUCAGUCCAAGAAGCCCAGCUGAUAUGGAAUGGUCAAGAUUAUACCCAGGAUUCUUUGAUGAAUCAACAGGUAAAAUGACAAAAGAUGUCACUAUUGCAGAUGUUGGAUGUGGAUUCGGUGGGUUGUUAAUUGAUUUAUCCCCAGCUUUCCCAGAUAAUUUAAUAUUAGGUAUGGAAAUUCGUGUUCAAGUUACACAUUAUGUCGAAGAUCGUAUUAUUGCAUUAAGACAAAAACAUAUUGACACAAACGGAUAUCAAAAUAUAAAUGUUUUGAGAGGUAAUGCCAUGAAGUUUUUACCAAAUUUUUUCCAAAAAUCACAAUUGGAGAAAAUGUUUUUCUGUUUCCCUGAUCCUCAUUUUAAACAAAGAAAGCAUAAGGCAAGAAUUAUCACAAAUACUCUAUUGAGUGAAUAUGCUUAUGUUUUGAAAGAAGGUGGUAUAAUUUAUACCAUUACAGAUGUUAAAGAUUUACAUGACUGGAUGGUUAAACAUCUUGAUGAACAUCCAUUAUUUGAAAGAUUAGACGAAGAAUUUGAAAAAAAUGAUGAAUGUGUUAAGAUAAUGUAUAAUAGUACUGAAGAAGGUAAAAAAGUUGAAAGAAAUAAAGGUGAUAAGUUCUUGAAAUGUUUUAGAAGAUUACCAGAUCCAAAAUAAGUACUCAUGAAACAAAACUUUGUAUAUUAGUGAAUAAAGAGCCUCGGUUGGGAUAAUAAUAAUAAUAUAUUUAAAAUAACUGUACUCAUACAAAACGAACUGAAAAUAGACUGAUAAACAAAAAUCACAAAUAGUUAGUGGAUCUAUGAUGCAAAGAAAUCAAAUAACACUUCUAGUCUAAACUUGAUCUUGGAUAUUACUUGAAUUUAAUGAUUCAGUAUCAGAGCCUGCAAAUACACUUUCAUCUCCAUCACCAUUACUUGUAGAGUUCCCAUUUCCCUUUUUCUUGAAAACUUUACCAACAAAUGAGCUAACUGUGGCACUUGAUCUUCUUAUUGAAGAACUUAAUGAAUGUUGAUCACUAUUUUUAUAUUUAACAAUUUCUUCAAUGCCUGGAGGUUCAAUACUAAAAUUUGAGGAUUGAGAUUGUGGUGGAAUGAA